GCCAGCCCAUCGUUGUCGAGCUUCCCAGCCCCGCCAAUUGCCCGCCCCACGCCUCCUCCCAGCUCGAGACUUCGAUCAAACCCAACAAAAUGUCGGCCUCGUUCCUCCGCGUUGCCGCUCGCGGCCCCUCCAGCUUCCUUCGCGCCAACCUCGUCUCUGCCCGCCCACAGCCCAUGGCUGCUCGAGCCGGCCUCGCCGCCCCGAUCCUGGCGGCCAACAGCUUCAGCACAUCGGCCCGCAUGCACUCCGAGCACCAGGAGGAGACCUUUGAGGAGUUUUCCGCUCGCUACGAGAAGGAGUUCGACAAUGUUCAGGACGUCUUCGAGCUCCAGCGCAACCUGAACAACGCCUUCGCCUACGAUCUCGUCCCUUCCCCCUCGGUUCUGUCCGCCGCCCUGCGCGCCGCGCGGAGAGUCAACGACUUCCCCACCGCCGUCCGCAUCUUCGAGGGCAUCAAGGCCAAGGUCGAGAACCCGGGCCAGUACGAGCAGUACCUGAACGAGCUCAAGCCCCUGCGCGAGGAGCUCGGCAUCCCGCUCAAGGAGGACCUGUACCCGGAGGAGCCCACCGUUUAAAAGGGGA